AUGGUGCUUUCCGCAGUUGCACCCACAGCUGAGUACACCUCGCUUUGGUUGUCUAACUCCACUGUUCAACCCGUGCACGCCGACCACCACAACCUGCAGGGAUCCACAAAUGUAGUCCUCCCUUUGAAGCUCCCGCCUAACGGAGGGGAUUUGUGGAUAGAACUCAAGCCUGGUGACCUAGUCAGUGGCCCUGUAGAGGAGCGGGUAGACGGCAAAGGCAGGCGCUGGUUAGGGACAACUCACAAGUUAGAGCGCGGUAAGCCCUUCUUCCUAGACCCUACUCGCCGCCACGCCACCACUCCCUGGAAGGGUGAGAGAGCAGUGCUUGUCGGCUACACUGUCAACACGUUAGGCAAAGAGCUUGAGCACGAGUUUCAAAGCCUUGAAGCUUUAGGUUUUCCACUCCCAGCGUCGGUACGUUUACCGCUGACUGAGCAGCAAGACGUGAGACGUCUAGACGCGUUUGACUGCUUCGAAGAAGAGCCCCUUCAGGAGACAAAGGCACGUCACCCUGACGGGAAGACUUCUGAGUUGGCGCCUGGGACUGUGCUUAAAGGCGGAGGUUGGAAAGAAACCCAAGCCGUAGAAGCAGGUACUGUAGAGCUGGAGGUGUCGUGGAACCUGAAACACUCGCCGGACCAAAGGCGAACCCAGUCUGAGCACGCCCUGCUGGCUUGCCAACCAGACACCGAGACACAGGUUGAGGAGGAGGAGGGCUUAAGCGAAGACUCUUUGCCGGAGCAACCAGUGCUUGAGUUGUGGGUUCCAGACCCGCAGACAGGUCUGACGACUAAGACGCGAGUGAAGCUUGCCUACAGUGAAACUCAAGCUGUGGGCACUGGGACCGUGGCGCAGCAAGACCUGCAGCUGAGUGCCUUCGCUGUCCUGCUCGCCUUCUUUCAGGUCGUAGGUGCUGCCAGCCAGACAACGGACGAGGAAGAAGACUUGUCUCUCCCCGUGUCGCUUGAUGCAGAUUUGAUGUUGGCAAUAUCCAUCAUCUGCAUUGGUAUCUGCUUCAUUGCAGUGUGGGAGUUCUUCAAGUGGCGCGCAAGUUACAGCGCCUUCGAGAUCAAACUGCGCAGGCAGGUGGAGCACCAACGGGAUCGGGCUAUUCUGGAAGAGAGUGAGAAGAUGUCCAAGGCGGAACGGGCGGCCAAGUUGAAGGAAGUGCAGCAAGAGAUCCAGGAGGCGAAGAAGCAGCAGCAGGAGCUUGAGAAGAAGCAGAAAAAGCUGGCGGAAGCACUGGAGCUCAUCAAGGCCGGUGCGGUCCAAGUCGAGAAGGUGGAGCAGCUCCUGGAUGAUGCCGACUGGCGUGCCCACUGUGAGGGCCGCACAUGCAUCGUGGCCUUCCUACCGCACAUCUAUGACGACGGUGCCGCAGGACGACGAGAGAAGAUCCAGGUGCUGGAGCAGGUCCUGAAGGAGACGAAGAAGGACGGCAAAUCCGUGGGCUUCCUCUGGAGCCAGGGUGGCGACCAGUUCGAGAUGGAGGAGGUGCUGGGUUUGCAGUUUGGCUUCCCGGCGGUGAUGGCUGUCAACUUUGGCAAGGGCCGCUUUGGCGUCCACAGGGGCAUUUUUGACAAAGACUCCAUAUCUCAGUUCCUUACCUCGCUUGCGCGUGGAGGCACCCCGCUGGCUCCUUGGCCUGCCCGUGCGGUCGCCGCGAAGGCCGAGGCCUGGGAUGGCAAGGACGCUGCUCCGCCCGAGGAGGACCUGUGCGCAUUGGGAUUCUACGCAGACUCCGUGCAGGAGAACUUGAGCUCCGGGUGUGACCCGCCCACCACUUCGUUCUCAGAGGAGCGGAUGCUGUACCUGCAGCAAGUGCUGAACGACAUCCGGAAGGACAUCUCCCGUGAAGAAUCGAAUCCUCCAAAGUCGUUGCGAGCUGAACACCUCUUCAAGCUGAACGAGGCGGUCUUCAACUUGUCCGAGGAGGACGCGGUGGACGGGCCGCUGGCCGUGAAGCUCUUCCAGGCAGUGGAGCGGAUCCACACUGCCUAUAACACCGGCAAGUAUGAUAACCAGGAUUCGAACUUCUUCUACGAUUACUUGGCACUGCUGGGCACCAUGCAGAAUCAGCACUUCUUCAGCCAGAAGCAGACAGAAAAGAUGCUGGGAUGGAUCAAGGAGGUCGUUGAUGGAAGUGGGAUGUUGGAGGAGUCGACAGACUCGAAGAGCUUGGAGGUCGAGAACGAGAAGCUCAGAAAGAAGCUCGCAAAGUACGAGGGAAUGGUUCAGACCCUGAAGAGCAUCGAGACGGAGCCCAAGUCGAAGGCAAAACCUAAAAAGAAAGAGGCCGAGGUCGAGGAGCCGAAGCCACAAGGUAAAGCCAAGGGAAAGGCCAAGGCCAAGGGCAAGAGCAAGUAUGAUUACGAGGAGGAAGAGGAAGAAGAGCCUGUCCUCAAAGGCAAGGGCAAAGGCAAAGAAGGCAAAGGCAAGGGUAAGUCCAAGGCUGGCGCUGAGACUCAGAGCGGAAAAGAGGGCAAAGGGUCCAAAGAGGGAAAGGGGAAGCAGGGGAAGGGCAAGGAGAAGUCGUCGCUUCCCGUCGAGGAAAAGGGAAGCAAGGGGAAUGCGAAAGGCAAAGGAAAAGGAAGGGAGUCCUACGACGACUACGAGCCAGUCGUCAAAGGAAAGGCGAAGGGAAAAGCCGGAAAAGCAGGGAAAGGAAAGUCCAAGGACGACGAGCCUCCGCCCCUUCGGGCCACCAAGGGCAAGGGCAAGGGAAAGGAAGAGGAACCGAAAGGAAAGGGCAAAGCAAAAGCGAAAGGCAAGGGCAAGGGCUACAAAGGCAAGUGA